GGCGAGUCGACCUGCGACGGCCAUGCCAGGGGCUCGAAACAGUUUCGUCGCAGUUCUCCAACGGUGCAGAGGUGCAAACGCUUGAUUCUCGCAAAAAACAAUAACUACCCAAUUAUUAAACACUUGCUAACAAGCUUAAAAAUGUUGCAAUAUCUGGUGGUUACCCUGGCACUUUGCGCCACAAUCUCUUCUGCUGCCCAGACGCGCAAUAUGCCCAUUCAAGCCAUAGCCUAUCUGGUCGGACCCGUGCAAUCGGAUAACACGCAGGUCAAGGGCAACGUGACCUUUACGCAGAACGACUGUGGCCAGAAUGUCCAUGUGCGCGUCCAGCUGGAGGGACUGAAGGAGGGAAAGCACGGCUUCCACAUCCAUGAGAAGGGAGACCUGACCAAUGGAUGCAUCAGCAUGGGCGCUCAUUACAAUCCCGAUAAGGUUGACCACGGUGGUCCCGACCAUGAGGUGCGUCACGUUGGCGAUCUGGGCAACAUCGAGGCCAACUCCUCGGGCAUUAUCGACAUCACCUACACGGAUCCCGUGAUCACUCUCACUGGCAAGCUGGCGGUUAUCGGCAGGGGCGUUGUUGUCCACGAACUGGAAGAUGAUCUUGGGCUGGGCAACCACACGGACUCCAAGAAGACCGGCAACGCAGGUGGCCGCAUUGCCUGCGGUGUUAUUGGCAUCAACUCGGACGUGGACGAGUGGCCAUGUCGCGAUGGUGGCGCCGGCGCCCUGCGCUACUCCUUCUCCAUCCUGACCGUCAUCGUGGCCUUCUUCAUGGCCCGCAGCCUCGACUAACCCAACACACCUGCACCCGGAAUCGGAUCGAAUGAGCAUGUGGCAUGGGAUUACUGGUCAUCGUAGAGAUCCGCAUCCCCACUUACACACUAAUCCCAACCAUUAGUCACACACACACAGCCCCCACAACUAAUUAUAAUACUCCAGCGACAACAGCAUUAUCCACCCUAAAUAGUGAACUCUGAGGAACUAACUAAGCUACCUGUAUUAUGUUUGAGUUGAUUGAUAAUAAAGUUUGUUAUUUGUA